UUUUUUACAGUUCUUUGAGCACCUCUCAGGAUACAUGUCUUUCUGCAGUUUUGUUGAAGACAUUUUGUGGUGUGAAUGUUCUUCAUCCAGUCUGUUCACCUCCCCACUUUUACUUUAGGUCUAGUACCCUGUUUUCGUGUGUCUUUGGUGUAUUUAGACUGAUUUGCUUUCUUGAAAUUGCAACGAGUUCUUGAGUGUUUUGAUCCAACUUGUGUGUCUGAUAUGAUGAUGAGGAUCAGUCUAUGAUCACUUCUGAUGAUUGCAAGUCAAUGGAAGUGCCAGUAAAACCCCUUUUUCAAGACUGAAAACUCCUGAUGUCUUCAAGGACUUGCACUGUAACGGAGUGUCAAGCUCGUCUUACAGACCAAGGCAGCAUAAUGAGAUUGUCCAACCAUGAGGUUGAAUUGAUGACAGGUUUGUCUAGUGAUGAAGUUCAGAGUGUGAAAGAUGCUAUUGCUGUGAGUCUUGCUCCAAGUAAAAGGCACCUUACUGCCUUAGAUUUGUACACAACACGUGAUAAAUCAUUACAGCAAUGGAAGCUCUCGACGAAUUGCCCGCGCAUUGACAAGCUAUUUAGAGGUGGCAUGCCAUCGGGCACGAUAUCAGAAGUGACAGGUGAAAGUGCAAGUGGCAAGACCCAGUUGUGCCUCCAGCUUUGUAUUGGUAUACAGAAAAAUGUGGAGCAUGGUGGAGGUGCUGUGUACAUAUGUACAGAAGAUGCAUUUCCCAGCAGACGUCUUCAGGAGAUCAUUAAACAUAAUUCCAGUUCAGAGUCAGACAGGAAGUUUGGGGAUCACAUAUUCGUUGAACAUGUGGCAGACUUUGAGACACUCGACAGCUGUGUGAAGUACAAAUUGCCAGUGCUUCUUCGCCAGAGAUCAGUGCGACUGGUUGUAAUAGAUUCAGUUACUGCCCUGUUCCGAUGUCAGUACGAUGUCUCUCAGACAGUGGAAAGGGCAAAGCAUUUAAACGGCUUCUCAUCUCUAUUACGGAGACUUGCUGCAGACCACAACAUUCCAAUUGUUUGUGUAAAUCAGGUUUCCAGUGACAUGUCCCAGGGUAAUUGCAGUAAUGCUGUGACUCCUGCUCUUGGACUUGCUUGGGCGAAUCAAGUUACCUGCAGAUUCAUGCUUUCAAAACCAGUUCCCAGUGUAGAACAUUUUUUAAGGGAGAGCGACAAUGUACGUGUUAAAGAAGCGAGUGGUCUAAGAACAUACAGGAUGCUCAAAGUUGUCUUUGCUCCCCAUUUACCUCAAUCUGAAACUCCUGUUUAUAUUGAUCGUUGUGGAAUGCAUGGGAUUUUAGUCUGAAUACAUUUUGUGCAAACAUUA